AUGAGAAAAUUCAGUAACACUUUUCAUCACUCUGAUGGCUUUGUUCUGGUGGGCUUCUCUGAAUGGCCCAAACUAGAAAUGGUUCUUUUUCUGGCCAUCUCUGUUUUCUACAUAAUGACCCUCCUUGGGAAUUUAGCCAUCAUUAUCUUGUCAUGCCUUGAUGCCAGGCUCCACACCCCCAUGUACUUCUUUCUGUCUAAUCUCUCUUUUUUGGACCUUUGCUGUACUACUUCCCCUGUCCCCCAAAUGCUGGUCAACAUCCAAAGCCACUGGAGAAAUAUCAGCUACCUAGGAUGCAUAGCUUAACUUUUCAUAUUCCUUAGUUUAGGAUCCACUGAAUGUGUACUUCUUUCAGUAAUGGCCUUUGGUCGUUAUGUAGCUAUCUGCCAGCCUCUCCAUUACACAGUUAUCAUGCACUCUUGGCUAUGCCAACAACUGGCAGCAGUGGCUUGGGUAACAGGUUUCAGCAACUCUUUGGUGCAAAUAGUGUUGACCUUCUUGUUACCUCACUGUGGUCCAUAUCAGGUGGAGAAUUUCUUCUGUGAGGUACCUGCCAUGCUUCAAUUAUCAUGUGUUGAUACAUGGAUCAAUGAAGUGGAGAUGUAUGCUGCUGUGGUGGUCAUAAAAGUCUCUUAA